AUGUUCUCCAUCAGGCAGACCAAGCUCAUUCGACCGCCACCGGGCAUCGAUCCGCUCCAGCCCCGGCCAGGGAGUACGUACUAUCUCUACGCGGUCACGGCAUUUGUCUCGUUGGGCGCAUUCUUGUUCGGAUAUGACCAGGGUGUCAUGGGGGUCAUCGUCGCAGACCAGAGAUGGAUUGAUCUGAUGCAGCCCGCAAACUCCUGGGUGACAGGGACAGUGGUGUCGCUGUAUGAUGUCGGGUGCUUCAUUGGGGCCAUGUCUCUUGGGUACUUGGCUGACCCAAUCGGUCGGGAGCGCACCCUGGCCAUCGCGUGUGUAGUUUUCAUAGUGGGUGCCGUGCUCCAGGCGGCGUCAUACACCAUCACCCAGAUUACGAUUGGCCGUGUGAUUCUAGGCUACGGAGUCGGAGCGUGCGCGGGGGGUGUUCCACUCUAUGUGGCCGAGCUGUCCCCGCCCGCCAUUCGUGGCCGUAUUGUUGCCAUCGAACAGAUGAUCCUCUGUCUCGGAGAACUGGUUGCCUUCUGGUUGAACUAUGGUUUCAGCUUCCUUGAGAUAGACGGUUGGUGGCGCAUUCCGCUCGCGAUCCAGAUCUUGCCCGCGUUGGUCCUCGCCGUUGGCUGCUGGUUCUGGGUCCCUCCUAGUCCACGUUGGCUCGCCAGCCAGGAUCGCCAUGAAUGCGCGCGCGAGGUUCUCGUUCGCCUUCAUGGGACAGAGGCCGCCGAAAUUGAAAUGCAAGAAAUCAUGGGCUCGAUUGAAUUUGAGCACUCCGUCAGUGAAGCUUCCUGGAAAGACAUGUUUACCAUGCCGGUGUUGCGUGUGACACUGCUAGGGAUGAGUGUCCAAUUUCUGCAGCAGAUUACGGGUACUAACUCCAUUCUCUAUUACACGCCUUCCCUCUUCGAACGCGGAGGCAUCACAAACCCCCGUACAGCUAAUCUUGCGACUGGCGGCGUCGGCGUCGUCCUUUUCGUUUUCUCGUGGGUUCCCAUCUUCUUCUUUGAUCGACUAGGACGAAAGACCUGGCUACAGAUCGGAACCGUCGGCAUGAUGGGAGCCAUGAUCGGCAUUACAGUGCUACAAUGGCAUGCCGAGCACAACCCGGGCGAUCCUGCUAACUACACCAUCAUCAUGUUCCCUUAUCUCUUCUACGUCUUCUUCAACAUCAGCUGGGGCGUCGGAUCAUGGACAUAUGCGGCCGAGAUCUUCCCUGUUUCCAUGCGCGCCAAGGGAAAUGCCCUGACUACCGCCUCUUUAUGGGCCGCGUGCUACAUUGUUGCCCAGGCAAGCCCCCCAAUUGCUGAUGCUAUCGGCUGGGGCCUGUACAUCAUUUACACGGGAAUCUGUGCUUUUGCUUUCUUCUUUGUUCGAUACUGCCUAGUGGAAACCCGGGGACGAACUCUCGAAGAAAUGUCCCGCCUUUUUGGUAUCGAAAGCCGCCUUGCGGACCGCAGCGGUGUGAAAUUACCGGCAGAGGAGCAUGUCGACGAUGUCGGUGCAUCUACCUCGGGCUUCUAA